AUGCGGUUGCUGCUUGUUCUGUGCGCCCUGUUGGCCAACCUAGUCCUUGUGAAUGCCACAACAUGGGAAGUCGGUGGGCAUGUCAAGGGCUUUGAGUUGCCGUCGCUGCGAGGAAGACAUAAAGUGGUGAGUUGGCAUACAAACAGUCUGUCGAGAAAAUAAUGAGUACGAUGUAAAAGCUUUUUAACGGUACAGUCUUUCACGCCUAUAUGUUCUAUCCAAAGCAUCUUACAACAAACCUACAUAUAAGUGAACCCGGUCUAUAGCGAACACUUUCAGAGGUACUAAAAAGACAAUUUUUGACCAAGAUGACCCCCUAACGGUUAAAAGUUCAAAAAAAUACAUAUUUCGGUACCUUUUGGGCUGGUUGUAUCAGUCCGCCGGAAAAUAAUGAGCACAAUGUCGUAUCGAAAAUCGCAUCGCCGCGGAGAAAAUGAACUAUAGUCCCCGACAAAUAAUUUAAAGUGCACAUGUAUAAAAAUUUGCACUCUGCAUUGCCGUAGGGUAUCAAAGAGGCCUGAAGAAACAUCUUGUGCCUCAGGGCAAUGUCGGGCUCAAAAUCAAGACUUCACUUUUAAUUGUCGGGGACUAUGUGUCGCAGCGCAAUCAAAUUGCUUUUCGCUUUCGUGACGCGAUCGGUGCAGCGACAUUGUGCUCAUUAUUUUUCCGACAGACUCAUAAUCCGUCAGGAAAGUUGCGAGGAAGAUUUUGGCGACAUUAACUGACCUAUUUUGCAUAGUGCAUGCCGCAAAAAAUACUCCAACAACCUCGCGUUCGGUCUAUCAGUCUGUCGGGAAAAUAAUGAGAAAAAUUUCGCUGCGUCGCUUGUGUCGCUGAAGUGAAAGGCAAUUUGAUUUUGCACGCUAAGAAAUAAAAAUGCUGGGCUCAAGGGGGACCGGCAUGGCUGCUGGUGUUACUUACAGUCCGCUGACCUUUUCCGACCGCCUUCAAAGUUUCCCAAGGAAAAACCAAACCAAACCCGUUUCAGAAAGCCCGUCUGGUGCAAGCUGGAAUGUGGGAGACGACGUGCGGAGAGGUUAUUGUGGGCCUCGGAGGAUUCAUGAUUAGUUGCCAGAAGCCGUGGGUCAGCAACACAGCCCAUUUGUACAUGUAAGGGAGAAUUGGUAAGGCCAAAAACAAACGUGUUCCAGGUUCCACCGUCUUUUCUACGGCGAACAGUGUCGUAUGUCCAAGUUCGAGAACCUUCAACUCCCCGAUGUCGGAGGCGAUUGGGAACUCUCCGAGUUCGACGAAGGCCCAGCUCCGGACAACGAAUGCCCCACCGACUACUAUGAAUCCGGUUGA